AUGGAGUCAAAUCAGAGGUCAGACUCAGAGCUACAGAGUAUUUUGGAUAGUCUCAUUGGGGAGGCGGGGUACAUUCUCUGUGGCGACUUGCCCGAUGGUAUGUGCACAUAUGAGCGAGAGCACGAUGUGACGAUACUUGAUCCGGGUGAGGAUGUCGUCCUGCGGGACCUUGUCAAGCCUCAUGGGGAUCUGAGAUUGGGUCCUGAGGAGAUGUUUGGAUUUUUAAAUGCUACCAAAUUGUCCCCCGCACGUUCACCUGAUCCAGGGAUGACCACAUCACAAUCUCUUCCUCCGACAGCCUUUCGCGAACUCGAAGAGACAACUCCAAGGCAGCAUCGUCGACGCAACUCGGAUCGUAUCCGUUCGCCCUCGGAUUCGUCAUCCAGCUCGGACGAGAAUACUUCCGCACCUACCGUCAGCAGUCGUCCAGGCAUGCCCAAACGGCCCAAGACGCUCUCCGACUCGCACAUGGACUCGCCAUUGGCAGCUAGGACGAGGCACUGGGGUCCGCCCAGUGCCUUUGGCAACUUUGGAUCGUUUGCGAGGCCCAGUCCAGCCAGCCGACGACGACGAGGCAGUGCCAAUGGGUCUAUAUCAAGUGAUGUGGACGGAGAAGAGUUCAGACCGAUCGGUAGGAGCAUGUCGUCGAGGUCGUUCACAGCGUCGCCGACGUUUGGAAAAGAGGUCGGGUCCCCACUGUCCGAAGAAUUUCAUUCACCCAAGUCCCCAGAAAGUGUGGCGAGUGAGCAGGUGGAAGUGCAGGACCCGGAGUCGGAGCCGACGGUAGAAAUCACCGAGGACGAGGUGGAUGAGACGGAUGAUCAGCUUGGGGAGGAAAUGCUCGAGGCGAUGAACCCGAGGUUGAGCAGGCUCUCGACUGGCUCGAGUUUGUCGUUGAGAACCUCGCACGACAAGUUGCAGGCGCUGCAGAAGCAGAACGGGGAGCUGGCGAGAAAGUUGAAAGAGUCCGAGAGGCAGUUGGCCUUGUUAGGGGCCGACAAUGACCGGAUGGUCAUGGACCUUGAGCGGCAACUCGAGGAAGCACGUCACGAGCUCGCGUUGAAGCGCAAAGAGGACAAGGAUUUGAGGAACAAUGAGUUGGCGCAAAAGAUUCAGAUCAGCGGGCUCGAAGCGGAUCUGUCCAACGUGCAGAGACUGCUCGAGCAGUCUAAAGAGAGCCGAGCGAGCAUGCAAAAGAUGUAUGAUUCGCAGUGUGAGAUCAGGACAUUGGAGGAGACUGCGCAGGAGCACGAAGCGGACGAGGCAAAGUACACGGGGGAGAUUCAGAGUCUCGAGAUGGAGGUCAAGCGGAUGCAAUCGGACCUGGAGUCUGCGAGGCGGGCCGAAUCGGUGCUAGAGGUACAAAAGCAGGAGAACCUUCAGCUCAAAGAGACGAUUGAUCGGAUGCGAUUCGACCUGGAUGAGGCCCGUGCCGCGGCCGCCAAUGCACUCAGGGUUGGAGGACAUGCCAAGAUUGGUACGAGCUCGUCUGGCGCGCCGACCUUGUCAAGGAAUCUCGGGGAUGAGAUCAAUCGACGUUUAGCGGAUGGCCUGGUGACGGCGGAGCAGGAGGAUGAGGAUGAAGUCGUCGAGACGGUGGUGACGAGACGUCAACGAGCCAAGGUGGUCGAGUACGCCGAUGUGAGCGUGGGCACGGACGAGGUCCCAGGGCCUUCACGGAAGGAGGACCCCCCCGCGUACACUGCCGAGCCGGAGCCUGUCAACGUGCAAGAGGUGUUGGAUCAGGCUCAUCCCAAGGCCACGUCAGUUGUCAUUCACGGGGCCUAUGAUGCCGUCGUUUCGGCUGCUGGGAGACGGUGCACAGUGCUCGAAGAGGAUAUCAAGAGGCGAGGGGUGAAAGCGGAGGGUGGGAAAAAGGUGAUCUAUGCGAGUCAUGAAGCUAUCGGAUGGCUAUCUGUGUGUACGAUCGCAGCGUUUGCCAUCGGAAUCGUCGCCGGGACGCAACUGUUCACGCCCGCUGGAAUGCACUCGCGAGACUAUCUGUUGUUCUCUCAGAUGAACGAUUUGGCUAGGUCUGUCGGUGUGGGUGAGGGGUUCCUGCCGGUCAACAUGUUGCAUGCUGUGGGUCACGGAGCUGGCCUGCUGGCGGGCCGAGUCCCUUCGUAG